AUGAACCAAAGAAGAGCUGUUCAAGAAGAAAAAAGUCUGUCUAAAUAUCACAGAAUUGAGAGGACAGACAGAAGGAAAAAUAAUUUGUUGAUGAACGCAGACACUGGUGAGCGCAGCUCUGACUUUGACUAUGGACACUACCAUGGUGUGCACCUGGUUCUCCAGACGGUGACCAAGACUAGACGGCAAGCUGCACGGGGGGCAGCCUACAUGUUUAAUGCCCACCCUCACAGCCUCACCCCUGUGGAAGAGAGAUUUCUGGAUGCCGCUGAAUAUGGAAACACCCCUGUGGUACGCCGAAUGCUUGAGGAGAUCCCUGGGCUGGAUGUGAAUUGUGUGAACUACAUGGGCCAGAAUGCACUGCAGCUAGCUGUAGCUAACGAACACUUGGAGGUGACAGAACUUUUGCUGAAGGCAGAUAACUUGGGUCGCAUUGGUGACGCUCUUCUGCUGGCCAUCAGCAAAGGCUACAUUAGGAUUGUUGAGGCCAUUCUGAGCCACAAGGCUUUCGCUGAUUCAGCUAAACUCACAGCUAGCCCACGUCAGGUGGCGCUGCACGAUGAUUUCUUUGCCUAUGACGAGGACGGGACGCGUUUCUCACAUGACAUAACUCCGAUCAUUCUGGCCUCUCACUGUCAGGAAUAUGAGAUUGUCCACAUCCUUCUUGGGAAGGGUGCUCACAUCGAACAACCCCACGACUACUUUUGCACCUGUGACACGUGUAAUUACCAUCAGAAGUAUGAUUCUUUCAGCCAUUCCCGUGCACGGAUCAAUGCUUACAGGGGGCUGGCCAGCCCAGCAUACCUCUGCCUGUCCAAUGAGGAUCCUGUCCUUGCGGCCCUCGAACUCAGCAGUGAGCUUGCGUCAUUGGCCAACAUUGAGAAGGAAUUCAAGAAUGACUAUAAGAAGCUCUCUGUGCAAUGUAAAGACUUUGUUGUCGGUCUGCUGGAUUUAUGUCGGAGCACAGAGGAAGUGGAGGCCAUUUUGAAUGGUGAGAUUGACGAAAGCUCUGAAGUUCCUGACAGGCCGAGUCUCAUCAGACUCAAACUUGCCAUAAAGUAUGGACUGAAAAAGUUUGUUGCACAUCCUAACUGUCAGCAGCAGCUUCUCUCUAUUUGGUAUGAAAACCUGCCUGGACUCAGGCAGCAGACCACAGCCAUCAAGCUCUUGGUGGUCCUGGGUGUUGCAGUGGGUUUGCCCUUCCUGGCCAUGAUAUACUGGAUUGCUCCAAUUAGCAAGAUGGGAAAGAUCAUGCGUGCGCCCUUUCUGAAAUUCGUGGCUCAUGCUGCCUCUUUCACCAUUUUCCUGGGCCUGCUUGUCUUCAAUGCAGCUGAUCGAUUUGAUGGAACCAAACUGCUGCCUAAUAUGACCGAGCAUGACUAUCCAACCCAGCUGUUCCGGAUGAAGAUCACACCUUUCACUUGGAUGGAAAUGCUCAUUAUUUCCUGGGUCAUAGGUAUGAUAUGGGCAGAGUGCAAGGAGAUCUGGUCUCAGGGUCCAAGAGAGUAUCUGCAGGAACCAUGGAAUAUGUUGGAUUUUGGAAUGUUGGCCAUUUUUGUGGGCUCUUUCACCACAAGAAUAAUGGCUUAUUUUCAUGCAUACAAAGCUCAGAUGUAUGUGGACAGCAUCUACACGGAUUUAAGAAAUGCAACUUUGCCACUUCAGAUUGAAUACUUCCGGCUGGCACGUGUCCACUGGCUACCCUCCGACCCUCAGUUGGUGUCAGAGGGUCUGUAUGCUAUUGCAGUUGUCCUCAGUUUCUCCAGAAUAGCCUACAUUCUGCCAGCCAAUGAGAGCUUUGGUCCACUCCAGAUAUCUCUGGGGAGGACUGUCAAAGACAUCUUCAAAUUCAUGGUCAUCUUCAUCUUGGUGUUUUUGGCUUUCAUGAUUGGGAUGUUUAACCUGUAUUCGUACUACCUGGGUGCUAAGCAGAAUGAUGCUUUCACAACCAUAGAGGAAAGCUUUAAAACAUUGUUUUGGGCAAUAUUUGGCCUUUCUGAAGUCAAAUCAGUGGUUGUUAACAACAGACACAAAUUUAUUGAGAACAUUGGCUAUGUUCUAUAUGGAGUGUACAACGUCACCAUGGUGAUUGUCUUACUCAACAUGCUCAUCGCCAUGAUCAACAACUCAUUUCAGGAAAUUGAGGAUGAUGCAGAUGUGGAGUGGAAGUUUGCACGGGCCAAGCUCUGGUUCACCUACUUUGAGGAGGGCAGGACUCUGCCUGUGCCUUUUAACCUUGUGCCCAGCCCAAAGUCAAUGCUGGGUCUGGUGGUUGGUGUGAAGGGCCUGGUGAAGGAGCUCACCCACAAUCACAGAGCGAUUAUGAAGGAGGAGGAAGAGCUUAGCAAGUUGGGUGAGAGCAGCACCAGAACAGAUACAAGUCUUCCCUGUCUUAGCCGAUACCAGAAGAUCAUGAAACGGCUCAUCAAGAGAUACAUUAUUAAAGCGCAGACUGACAGAGAAAAUGAUGAAGUCAAUGAAGGGGAACUGAAGGAGAUCAAACAAGACAUAUCGAGCUUACGCUAUGAGCUGUUGGAGGAGAAGUCCAACAACACUGAGGAGCUGACCGAACUCCUCAAGAGAGUGGGAGCUGCAAUUGGGUCAGAUGGAGUGGCAGCUGGAUCAGCUGGAGUGGCAGUUGGGUCCGAUGGAGUGGCAGUUGGGACAGUUGGAGUGGCAGUUGGGUCCGAUGGAAUGGCAGUUGGGUCCGAUGGAAUGGCAGUUGGGCAGUUGGAGUAG